CUUUUUUAUUUUUUUUAUUUUUUAAAUUAUGGUUGAUACAGAAAAAGAUCGAUUUCAAAAAUUCUUAGAUACACUAAAUGAAACCCAACGUAAAUCUGUACUGUCUGAUGCAAAGACAUUACAGAUCUUGGCUGGUCCAGGCUCCGGGAAAACAAGAGUUUUGACUUCUCGUGUAGCUUAUUUUGUUGUAGAAAGAGGAAUCUAUCCAGGUCAUAUUAUCGUUGUAACAUUUACAAAUAAGGCUGCGAAUGAAAUGAAGGAACGAUUGAAUUAUUUGAUCGGUGAAAAGAAAACAAGUCAAUUAUUAAUCGGUACUUUCCAUGCUAUUUGUGCUCGUAUUUUACGUCGUUAUGCAAGUGUAGUUGAUUUAGAUCAUAACUUUACAAUUGCUGAUACUGAUGUUAGUCAAGAUGUAAUCAAAAAAUUAAAGUCAGAUCCUGAACUGCCAAUUGAUGAGUUUACAAGAACAAAAAUGACUCCAGGUGCUAUACUUGGUAUGAUUAGUAAAGCCAAAAGUAAAGGAUUAACAGAAAAGCAAUAUGCGGAUUUAUAUGGACAAGAAUUUGCAACCAGAAACGUUUCCAUUAUUUUUACAGCCUAUGAAAAAGAAUUGAAAAGAUUAAAUUUAGUGGACUUUGAUAAUUUAAUAAUAAAAGCAUGUGAACUAUUUAGAAAGAAAAAUGAUGUUUUAUCUGCUGUUAAAGCUAUUUUAGUAGAUGAGUAUCAAGAUACAAAUGUGGUUCAAUAUGACCUUAUUAAGCUUAUGAUGCAGCAAGUAAAUGAGAAAUCUAUUACUAUUGUAGGAGACCCUGAUCAAUCUAUUUUUGGCUGGAGAAGUGCAGAACCUAAAAAUUUUAAUAAAAUGCAAGCAGAUUAUAAAAAUACGACUUCUAUUAGUAUGGAGCAAAAUUAUAGAAGUACAAAUAUUAUUCUAAAAGCUGCACUUCAUGUUAUUACACAAGAUAAAACGCGUAUUGAUAAAUCAUUAUAUACAAAUAAUCCAGAAGGAGUUCCUAUUUGUUUAAUUAAAACGCGAGACGAAGAUUCACAGGCAGAAUUGGUUGCAAAGGAAAUAAAAAAAGUAGUUACUUACUCAAAGGGUCUUAUUCAAUAUAAAGAUAUUGCUGUACUUAUGCGUAUGAAUUUUAUUUCUCAACAAUUUGAAAGGGCAUUUAGAAACCAUAAAAUUCCAUUUACUAUCGUAGGUGGUGAUAGAUUUUUUGAUCGUGUUGAAAUUAAAGACAUUACGAGUUAUUUACGUUUUGCAUAUAACCCUAGAGACUAUAUAAGUUUUACAAGAAUUAUUAAUGUGCCUAGAAGAGGUAUUGGUAAAGUUAAUCUGGAGAAAAUAGUCCAAUACAGCACAACUGAAGGAAUUAAUUUGUUGGAGGCAACUAUCAAAAUAGGUAGUGGAAAAGCACUUCUUAAUAUAAAUUCUACUAUAAGAAGCAAGUUAAAAGCCUUUAGUCAGAUUUGUAGUGAAGCUAAGCAAAUGAUGAAUGAAAAAAUAGAAGUUUCAGAUAUCAUUCAUUAUUUAGUAGAUACUUUGAAAUACGAAGAUUAUUUAAAAGAACAUUACUUCCAGGAUUAUGUUGCUCGUUGGAACAAUAUUGGUGAAUUAAUCAAUGUUGCAAAGAAGCAAGCACAUAUAGAUGAUGAAAAUAUUACUUCAACGAGCCAAAAUAGUAGCUCACAAUCAGCACCUAAUUCUAACGAAGAACUCUAUGAUGUCGAAGAAGUUAACUUGACAAAUGAAUUAUCUGAAGUGAAAAUUGAACAGAAGGAAAUAGAAGAUGUAGAUUCUUUUGAAGUUUUAAGAGAUGAUAUCGUUAGUACUGAUCCUAUAGCAGAAUUCUUGGAAUAUUGUUCAUUAUGCUCAAAUCAAAAGGAAUUAGAAGAGGCUGAAGGAGGAAAAGUAACUAUUGCCACAUUACAUUCUUCAAAAGGUUUAGAAUGGCCUUGCGUAUUUAUUGCCACAUGUAAUGAUGGUGUUAUUCCAUUUUAUAGAGCUGAAAGUAUACUUGAGGAAGGUCGUCUAUUAUAUGUUGGAAUGACAAGAUCUCAAUUCUUAUUAUAUUGUGUUUCACCUGAAAAUCGUAAUAAUUGGGGAAGUUAUCAAAAGGAAGAACCAUCAUCAUUAUUAGAGAAUAUGGAUAAAAGCCUGUAUACAGCAGGUACUUCAGAGUGGAAUAAUGAAAUCAGACAUAGUUUAGCUAAAACCAUUGGAAAGUUGCCACCACCUGAUGAUGAUGAUUUAGUUAUUUCAAAUCUAAAAAAGAAAUCAAGUUCCAAGAAAAAGAUAAAGACAACUCAGUCUGGUUUUAGCUAUACUUUUCAUAUGCCUGAAGAUAUCGGUAAAAAGCGUACAAAUCCUGCUGCUGAUUUGAGCAUGUUUGGAGGAUUUUCCUCUGCUGCUACUUUAUAUAAACCUGAUGCGUAUAAAAAAGUGAAAAAAGAAGAAAAAGAGUCAUCAUUGAUUGAUUUAGUAAGCUUAGCAAAGACCGACCAUUAUAAGUGUGAAAUACCAGAGGUGAAAACGGUUACCAAAAAGUCUUUGCACAACAAAAAAAGGAAAAUUCUUCGCAAUUAGAUACCAGCCGAUCAGAAAUGUUAUCCUUUUUUUUACUAAAUAAAGUAUUUUUAUUGUAUGGAUAUUAA